AUGCCGGGGAAGCGGGGCUCGGCGGGCGGCGGAGAGCUGCCGGGGGCCGGCGCGGCGAGGCAGCGGAGGCGGCGGAGGAAGGUGUCCUGCUUCUCCAGCAUCCAGCUCUUCCUGGUGUCCGAAUGCGCGCUGAUGCUGGCCCAGGGUACCGUGGGAGCCUACCUGGUGAGUGUUUUAACCACCUUGGAGCGGCGAUUCAACCUCCAGAGUGCAGACGUGGGUGUCAUUGCCAGCAGCUUUGAAAUCGGCAACCUGGCCCUCAUCCUUUUUGUGAGCUACUUCGGAGCCCGAGGACACAGACCACGCUUGAUAGGAUGUGGAGGGAUUGUCAUGGCCUUGGGUGCCCUCCUUUCCGCGUUGCCUGAAUUUCUGACCCACCAGUACGAAUACGAAUCAGGGGAAAUACGCUGGGGAGCUGAAGGGAGGGAUGUGUGUGCUGCCAAUGGGUCCACCAGUGAUGAGGGACCAGACCCGGACCUUAUCUGCAGGAAUCGGACUGCCACCAACAUGAUGUACUUGCUGCUCAUUGGAGCACAGGUCCUCCUGGGCAUUGGUGCUACCCCUGUCCAGCCCCUGGGAGUUUCCUACAUUGACGACCACGUGAGGCGGAAAGAUUCCUCUCUGUACAUAGGGAUCCUGUUUACAAUGCUGGUAUUUGGACCAGCCUGUGGAUUUAUCUUGGGCUCCUUCUGUACCAAAAUCUAUGUGGAUGCUGUGUUCAUCGACACAAGUAAGCUGGACAUCACCCCAGAUGACCCUCGCUGGAUCGGUGCAUGGUGGGGAGGCUUCCUUCUCUGUGGUGCCUUACUCUUCUUCUCGUCCCUGCCCAUGUUUGGCUUCCCGCAGUCCUUGCCCCCGAGGCCUGAGCACGCUGGGGAGAGCGAGCAGGCCAUGCUUCCUGACAGGGACUACGAGAGGCCCAAGCCGAGCAACGGGGUCCUGCGGCACGCGUUGGACGCAGAGAGCAGCACAACCUGCUUCCAGCAGCUACGAGUGAUCCCCAAAGUAACAAAGCACUUGCUCUCCAAUCCCGUCUUCACUUGCAUCAUCCUGGCGGCCUGCAUGGAGAUAGCUGUGGUGGCAGGCUUUGCUGCCUUCCUGGGGAAGUACCUGGAGCAGCAGUUCAACCUCACCACCUCAUCUGCCAACCAGCUGCUGGGGAUGACAGCAAUCCCAUGUGCAUGUCUGGGCAUAUUCCUGGGCGGUCUUUUGGUGAAGAAGCUCAGCCUUUCUGCUCUGGGAGCUAUCAGGAUGGCCAUGCUGGUGAACCUGGUGUCCACAGCUUGCUACGUGUCAUUCCUGUUCCUGGGAUGUGACACAGGACCUGUGGCAGGGGUUACUGUUCCCUAUGGAAACAACUCAACUCCAACCUCAUCUCUGGACCCAUAUUCCCCCUGCAAUAACAACUGUGAAUGCCAAACUGAUUCCUUCACUCCGGUCUGUGGGGCAGAUGGGGUCACCUACCUGUCUGCCUGCUUUGCUGGCUGCAGCAGCACAAACCUCAGUGGCUGUUCCUGCCUCAGCUCGGUCCCUGCCGAAAAUGCCACCGUCGUUCCUGGAAAAUGCCCCAGUCCUGGCUGUGAAGAGGCCUUCUUGACAUUCCUCUGCGUGAUGUGUGUCUGCAGCAUGAUCGGGGCCAUGGCGCAGACGCCAUCGGUCAUCAUCCUCAUCAGAACCGUGAGCCCCGAACUCAAGUCUUAUGCUCUGGGGGUGCUUUUCCUGCUUCUCCGUUUGCUGGGUUUUAUUCCACCUCCGCUGAUCUUUGGGGCUGGAAUUGACUCCACGUGUCUGUUCUGGAGCACGUUCUGCGGCGAGCAAGGAGCCUGCGCGCUGUACGACAAUGUGGUCUACAGAUACCUGUAUGUUAGCAUUGCUAUAGCCCUCAAGUCUUUUGCAUUCAUCCUAUAUACAACCACCUGGCAGUGCUUGAGGAAAAACUAUAAAAGGUACAUCAAGAACCACGAAGGUGGUCUCAGCACUAGUGAGUUUUUUGCCUCUACUCUCACCUUAGACAAUCUGGGGCGGGACUCGGUGCCCCAAAACCAACCACAUAGGACAAAAUUUAUCUAUAACCUUGAAGAUCAUGAGUGGUGUGAAAAUAUGGAGUCUGUUUUAUAGUGACUGUGGAAGGAUGGACUAUAUUAAUAACCCGAGGGUCCUUUUUAAUAAAAAUGAGAAGAGAGAAUGAAGAAACAAAAUUACAAGACAACAAUGGCAACACAGGAAACUUUUGUCUUUUUCUCAAAGUCAAACCCAGCCAGGAUUCAUGAGAACGACGUCUUAUAGUGGGAUCACUUGUGAUAUCCUGCGGGGUGAUGGAGAAAGCAGGGAGCUACCAGCCCCUUUGGUGACAGUAUGGGCUUCCAAAACAGGAAUCGCCAGAGGGCAUCCUCAGAGGUUCAUUGGAGAGCUCAGCCAGCAGAGAGCCUUGGGCACAAGGUGCUGAGGAAGCAAGAUGAUGAUGGCAAUGCUGGAAGAGGCAUUCGCAUCCCGAGGGGCCAUCUAUUCCCAUAGUAUGGGCUGAAGGAUCCUCCCUUCGAACCUGGGUGCUGCUCAAACCCGACGUGCUCUGUGAUGUUGCUCUGACACCAGCCAUGAGUCCACGAUAAACACCUUGAAAGCUGCUGGAAAGCUUCCAGGUAGCGAGCAGUGCUGUCCCAGCUCCCGAGUCCUUGCAGCCGAGGCGUGUUUGCAGAUCGCAGCUUUUGGGUUGUCUCUGAAUAGCUGUGCUCGGAUCUUUCAAACCCAGUAAAGUUGGAGAUGUUUGCUCACGCUUGCCAAAUGUGCUGUCAUUUUUAAAGAGGGAUGAAUUCCAAAUAUUUGUCUGUGUAAUCCUCUAAUUUUUGAGAUUAUUUUCAAAUCUAUGUUAACCCUUAAAUCGCUGACACUUUUCCAUAGGGAGGGCUUACGCUGGUUUGGGGGAGGAUCCUGUUGAAUAAUGUGACUCAAGGGGUUUGUUUAAUCCUCUGCAUUUUUUAUCCAUACGCCUUCAUUCUAAUAUGCUACCAAGCCAAUGAAGACACAUAAUAUGUUUUUAAAAAAGAGAACGAACGCACUGUGUCUCUAUAAAAACAGUUGGAGAAUUAUAGAUAAUAUGAUGAUUUACAUAAUAUAGUUUUUUCAUAUUCUAUGUGACUCAGUGAAUACAUAUAUAUGAAGGGAGAAACUGUUUAUGUUCUCUCCUGUUUUUAAAGAUAUAUAUAUAUAUAUAAUUUGCAAUCUAGAAAUCGUGUGGUGGAUGUUUUCUUUAAAGUACAUGUGUGUGUGUAUGUACCAGGUGAAAGGAAUACUGACCUUAAUCUUCACAACAGAUAUUUUUCUCACUUGAGAAAUUCCACUCAUUUCCAUGGAAGCCAUGUGAGGAAAGUAGAAUAAUCUGCCGGAAGCCACAUUUUGCCCUGAGAUGUGCAAAGUGUGUUCCUGUGGAAGGCUGGGUUAUGGGAGCAGAGGCUGGCCAGCACUGAGCACCUCUGAAAUGUUCGUUCACAUCUUCAGGAGGUGGCCAUGCAGAACAGAUUUGCCUUUGCCUUUGCAAUGCAGUCUUAUCCAAGGCUGCGGAAAUCAAGGGGAAGCUUUCAUCUGAUUUCAGGAAGCCAUCAGGUCAGGCUUAUUUUGUAUGUAUUAUUUUUAUUUUCCAAAACAUUCCUGUUGGGAAGCAAUACUAAGUGACUGUGUUUGAUGGGUUUUCCCUGGCCAGAAAUGGAAACCAGACCCGUUUCCGCUAUCAGAAGGAUUUUAAGGGUCAGCAUCAUAAUCAGGAACCUCCUUUUUUGUUUGUAUUUUGAAGCUGUUGUGAACGUGCAGGUUGUUCAGAGAAGUGAGCCGGCGCCUUGAUCCGAAUGCUGGGCAUCACUUCCAUGCAGCUGAUGGGCUGAUCUGCCCCUGCUCCUCACCCACUGCUGGCAGUUACGGGGGCUGAUAACCCACUACUCAUUUUUAGCAGACCUUGCUUUUAUCUGGGCAUUUACACUCGGGUGUGGGGCACCAGGCUGCCUCCACACGAUUUGCUUCACGAACGUGUUUGUAAUUUAUGCACAGCAUUACAAGUUCAGCAUCAAUAAGGGUGAAAAAAGGGUGAAAUAGGUAUAUCAAACAAACUCCACUGUGCCAAAUACUAAACAAAUGUUAUAUCUGCAGAUCUUUGGUUCUUGGUCUGCAGCCGUGCUAAGAAUCACUUGGGUAAUGGAGGAGUUUAAGGGAAAAAAAGCUACAAAUCUCUGCAGUGCCAUUGUUAGGUGCAGUGGUAAAUGAUGCUUUUAGACCAUUAGAUUUGUUUAGUAUAUCCUGUCUGCUAGAAUAAGAGAUACUGCAUCCAUAAAACAAUGAAUUUAAAAAAGACACAGGGUGCAUAACUGUCUCAUAAAAUAUGUAUAAUUGUCAAGUAUAAGCCUUUGGAAUCAUUCUGUACAGUUCUCUUCAUUCUCAAAAUUUAUUACUUAGACUGCUGUCUUUUCAAAUGUUAGCUCGUGAUGCUGUACUGUACACACACAUUCAGACUUGAACACAAAUGUUGGAGAAUGGAACCUUC